CGGCUUUUUCAGAAUGGAGAGAAUUGAAAGAAAGCGAAGCCUGCAAAACCGAUGCUGACCUGGCCUUCUUGCUGUUGCACUUCUACAAGCGUUGGCACGUGUCAUCAACUCCGAGUAAGGGGCACCCCAGACCACCAGUACCACUGGUACUCAAGUUUCACGGAGGAAUCUGACCGUGAUCAUGAUGUAGCCAUUCCUGAGCAUGGUGUUCGUCCACUAAUUGGAGAGGAAGAAUUUGUUGCUUUGGAGUCAAGCAUGCACUCCAUGGACAUUAGUGAAGAUAAAUAUGACUCUGAGGAGAACCUUACGUACAGUAUGUCGUUUUUCACACACAGCAUGGAUGACUUUUAUGGGGACCCUAAUAAUUUGAACUUGGAAGACGGGGACAGCUCGGAUGAUGAUUUUUUACCUUCCCUUCAUCUACGGACUGUUAACGGGAAAGCACAUGAUUUGAAAGAAAUAUCUAUGGAUGAGGCUGUGCUUGAUUUUGAAAUGCCGGAUCCUCCAGUUGAGGAAAUAGAGAAAUUAUCAGAGCAGCAUAAAGUUGUUUCUGAGGAUGACCUUGUUGGAAAAAAAGCCAACAUCACAUAUAAUGACAACCUCCUUGCACUGGCCAUGUAUUUGAGAAUUCCAACAGAAAAGUGCAACCACAGAGACAAGUUGUCUGGACCAUGCCCUGGUUCUCAGCCAUUCCGGGUGACACUGAAACCACGGGGUACAGGAGUCGUCAUGGAAUGGAUAUGCUCGUUCGGACACACGGUGUGGCGUUGGAAUUCCCAGCCAACACUGAAAUUCGGUAUGCAGUCUGGUGAUUUCAUGUUGUCUAUGAACAUUCUCCUGUCUGGAAAUAACUACCGAAAAGUGGCCAUGCUUUUUAAAUUCAUGAACAUGGGAAUGGUUGCUGAGAGCACAUACUUCAGAAUUCAAGACUCCUACUGUAUUGAGCCAGUUCAGGAGUACUGGGAAGCAACUAGGGCUGAAGUCAUAGAUUGUCUACGUCUAAAGGACCAUGUUGUUGUCUUGGGUGAUGGCAGAAUGGACUCUCCUGGUCACUGUGCACAGUACUGUACGUAUACGACCAUUGAACAGGAUUCCAGAGACAUUGUGCACAUUGUCUCUGUUGACAAACGUGAGACCAACCGGAAUUCUGUAAUCAUGGAGAAGGAGUGUUUUGUAAGGACUAUGGAUGCACUGCUUACAGAAUUAAAAAUCAAAGAAGUGGUCACUGAUGCCCACUCACAGAUCACUGCCUUGCUGAAUCCUGAACGUGGGAAAUACAGGGCUUGGGGUAUCCACCAUUCACUUGAUAUUUGGCAUGCUGCUAAAAGUUUAAGCAAGAAACUUCGACGGGCUGGAUCAAUAAAGAACCAAACUGGAAUUAUGGUGUGGAUAAAAGACAUCGUCAAUCACUUCUGGUAUUGCAGCAAACAAGCCACAAAUGAAGAGCAUUUCAAGUUGAUGUGGGUUGGUGUGCUACACCAUGUAUGCAACGAGCAUUCGUGGGCAAGUGGCUUUUGCGAGCAUGAACCUCUUGAAGAGGGCAUUGAGAAUAAGCCCUGGAUCAUUUCAGGUUCUGCAGCUCACCAGACACUAACUGCCAUCGUACUGGAGAAAAGGUGGUUGACACAGGUCAAGAAGUUCAUAAACUUCAGGACCACAUCAGACCUGGAAAGCUUCCAGAACCACAUUUUAAUGUAUGCCGCAAAGCGCAUGUCUUACACGCCUUUUGUUUACAAGACCCGGACUUUGCUUGCGCGGCUAUAGACUACAACAAGCAUAACCGACGGCUGCCAGCACGCAAUCGAGAGGGACACAAGAUGUAUCGGCGGUCGUACAAUAAAAAAUCAAAGACUUGGGGGGUGUACACAGUGAAGGAAAAAAAACAAUAUUCUACAUCCCAGACAUACAGAGAGCCAUUCUGUCCAGGAGGUUGAGAAGUGGUACCGGCCUUCCCAGAAAUGUGUCAAUUAGGCCUGACGACCCAAGACGGCUGGGUCUCCUUGCUACAGUACAGCCACCACCCACUCACGAACUUGUAAGAGGACACAUAGCGAGAGGAAACAUAGUGUCCGAAAACCCACAAGACUAAAGGAUAACGGAACUGCAAUCUUCUAUACAGAAAUUUAUAGAAGAAAAUAUGUCA